AUCACAUUCUGCUCGGAAUUCACUUCAAAUUGAAUUUCAUUUGUUCAAAAUUUUUUCGUUAUAGUUUGUUUGUUGUGUAAAUUUGUAUCGUAAUUGUUUGAAAUGCCUAAACCGCACCAUCAUACUGAACCAGCAGUUCGAACCGUGCAAUCGCAUCAAAAUGAUUCAAACGAAAAACCAAGAUCAAGAUGGGAUAUUUGGGCAGCUAAAAAUGCUCUUCCGAAAAAUCGAUACUACCCUAGGCCAAAAUCAGAAUCUACACGUUUUCAAAAGCCUGGUCCAAUGUCUACCAAAGAUAAGAAAAGAUUCCUCAAGUGGGCUAUGAAGAGAUCUCUUCCUAAGAAAAUUGAACAAAUUCAACCAAAGACUAGUGAAAAACCAAUAACGAAAAGAUUACUUCAACGCAAACAAAAAAAUAUGGCUUGUAUGAUGCGUCGAAUUCAACUAUUGAGUGUACCAAAAUGGCCACGUGAUAAACACAUUCCCGCUCCACAACCAAUCUAUCCAUAUUCGCCAAAGAUUCAUUAUAGAAAACCACCACAUCAUGAUAAAGGACGACCAUUUCAAAAUGUUUUACUUCCACAUUGGUGGUAUCACGAGGAGCUGGAAAUUGAUUUCUGGCGAUGGAUGAGAUUUCCCAUUAGUCGCUGUGCUUUAAAAUACAAGAUCACUUGCAAUACUGAAAGAAUGGCGAUUGCAAAAAAAUAUCCUGUCAAACCUCACUGUCCGUAUCCACCGCGUGAUUAUUCACCACCAGAUCGUGUCAAAAUGAAACCAAAACAAUGGCGGAAUCAUUUAAUAAGAUUGGAAUAUCUUGCAGAUGCUAGUUUUAAGGUGACUCGCCAGUUUAAAGUUAAAAUAUAAGGGUUUAAAAAAUAAAAAAUUAAUUUUUUUGUCAAUUUGUCAACAAAUUCUAAUAAAAACUUGCACUAUUACGAUGACCAUAUUGACAAAAAAUUUUCUGACGAAAA